UCAUAUGUGUAUUUGGAAGUCAUGUCAAAGCAUUUCUCAAAAUCAGAAAAAAUUCCAAUCAUCCAUGACAAUGGCUCUCUCUUCAUCCACACUGACAAGCCUGUCUACACUCCACAGGAGCCUGUAAAGGUUGGCGUCUAUUCUCUGGAUGAUGACUUAGAGCCAGUUACAAGGGGAACUGUCUUAACUUUCAUAGACCCUGAAGGAUCAGAAGUGGACACAAUACAAGGAAACAAUCAUACUGCAAUUGUCUCUUUUCCCGACUUCAAGAUUCCUUCUAAUCCAAAGGCACUCAAUGUCCCUCUAUUCUCAACCUUUGCCUCAGAGUUUAAGGCAGUCACUUUAUAUGACAUACGCAUUGUGCACUGA